UAUCUCGUGGGAGACUCGUUGACAUGGGUUGAUCUUUUGGUGUCUGACAUAGCCACAUGGUCCAAGAAGUAUCCGACGCUCUAUGAUGGUUUUCCCGAGAUGAAAGCUCACGCUGAGAAAAUCCGUUCGAUUCCGGCAUUGAAGAAAUGGAUCUCAUCUCGCCCAGACACCUACUUCUAA